UGGAAAUAUGUGAAGUGACGUUCGUUGUCUGCUUGCCAUUUGUAUGCGGUAUUAGUUCUCGUCUUGUGAAACAACUGUAGCCAUACUUGGGUUUUACUUUAAUCUUGCAGUGUCAUUGUUUACGAUGACUUUUCUUUGGAUAAUUAAAUAAGGAUUUAAAACUCAUAAUAUAAUUCUGAUAUAACUUGUUUAUGUGAAAAAUAAAGCUAGGUUUUAAAUGGAUAAAAUAUUAUGAAUACGUUAUGCAAUAGGCUUUCUUUUUUAAUUUAUAAAAUGUUUUCUUAAAUCAAUCACUUUGUAAACAGCUGCUCUUUAAGAUUAAAAUAAUUCAUAAUUUAAAUAUACUUCAAACUAUUAAGGAAAAAGAUGGAUAAGAUUUCUGUGAACAGAUUUUCAUUUCGUAGAAAAGGAAGUCAUAAAAAGGAUAAGCAAAAAGAAGACAAACAUGAGGAUAAAAUUGAAGAAGAUGAACAGCCAAAAUUAAAGUACAUCAGUCAGAAAGAGGCCAGAGAAAUCGAGCAAGAAUUAUUCACAGAAUAUGCCUUUAGUGUUGAUCAACUUAUGGAGCUUUCGGGAUAUAGUUGUGCUGUUGCCAUAGCAAAUUGUUACCCAGUUGAAAAGAUGACAAAAGAUAACCAUGCUGUCCUUGUCUGUUGUGGACCUGGAAAUAAUGGCGGGCAUGGACUUGUGUGUGCCAGACAUCUGAAAAUGUUUGGGUAUAAGCCAACAAUAUUCUAUCCAAAGAGACCGAACAAGCCUCUAUUCAACCACCUGUAUAAACAAUGCGAAGGCUUGGACAUGCCUUUAUUAUCGUUCUUUCCGUCUGAAGCACAUCUAAUUACAGACUCGUACGACUUCGUCGUUGAUGCAUUAUUUGGACUAAACUUUGAUGGUCCUGUAAGAACGGACUUUGAGUCUGUAAUGGAUACUUUAAAGAAAGUCGAGUCACCAAUUUGCAGUAUAGAUGUACCGUCUGGAUGGGAUAUCGAGUCCGGCGAUGAGAAUGGACUGAAACCAGAUAUGCUUAUUUCUCUUAUCGCUCCUAAAAACUGUGCAAAGUUUUUUAAAGGCAAACAUCACUACCUUGGAGGUCGGAUUGUCCCAAAAACACUUGAACAAAAAUAUGAGUUGAAUUUACCGGUGUACCCAGGUACUAAUUGUGUUAUUGAGCUUAAAAUGGACGAUGAGGAAAGUGAGGACAAUAGUGACAACAAAAGUGAUUAUUAAGUUAGGACAUGUUUCAUUUUUCUAGAUUUAUUUUUAAAAGAUAAUUCAAUGUUUUGCUCUUAAAUGCGACAUUCAGACAAGGGCGAGAACAUGUCAAACAACAUUGCAUAUGAUGGUAUUGGUUAUAAAGUUAUAAUACUUAAAUUCAUUGGAUUUUUGUAAAGUCAAACUUCUCAGUUCAGUCAAUUAACCAUGAAAAAAAUGAAAUCAUUAUGAUCAUCAGGUGAUCAUUUUCAGUAGGAAAACUUGACGUGUUCCUUUUAUUUAUCAUUUUUUUUUUUUUUUCUAUAUUUUUUUUUUCAUUUUUCAUUUUAUUUUACGGAAAACAUAUUGUUCGCCUGUGUAUAUUGUACAUUGAAAGACAUUGAAUAUGUUUUAAUCUUUCUGGCCAUGUUUGUUUAAAACUAGUCAAUUAAAAAAAGAUAAUAAAGUUAACGUAUGUUAUAAAUUAUUUCUUAAAAAGUUAUAAAAAAUAUAUGUAACAGUUUAUGAAAAGAUAUGAUUGGCAAUAUAAAUGGACUGUCUUUUACUUUUUUGUUAUGCGUAUAUUUACAACUUUUGAGUAUUGUAGUAUAAGUGGAAGUCAAAUCACUAUUAUUGUGCGUACGUUUUGAAAAGUAUUUUUGUAACAUUUGUUUUUGUGGUUGUUCUUUGUUCACGUUUAUUUUUUGUGUCUUCGUGUAACGAACAGGUAAUAUUUUUCAUCUAUACAAGUCAUCAGAAGAGCAUCAUUAAGCACAUGUUUUCCUUUCUGUAAAAAGCUUAAGAAAAUGGAGCUUAACUGCUUCAGUCGUCUAUAUUCAAUUGUGUUUCCUUAUAACUCUCAGCUUUCAAAGUAAACUCAAUAUUUAUUUAUGUUUUGCUAUGUAAGAAAAUAUUUUUAAACUAUUAAUUCUAAAGAAAAUGCAAAUCAUACCAAACAAAAUACUGCAGUUUAUAUGUUUCAUUUGAGAAGUCAUAUAUAUAAAGUUAAAUGUCAAAUUGUCAGACAAGUAUACUAAAUCAUAUAGAAAAUUGCAACCUCACGGAACCAGACGCAUUGUUCUUGCUUUAUAAAGUUAAAU